CCCCUGUCGGGGGACAGGCCCGACCUAAGGCGAGCAUGCCCACGGUCCGACGGAAUCGGGGCGCUUGGCCACAGCCAUGUUGGCUCCACCCCCUUCUCUCCAGGGGCGUUCAUAUGCAACAUUAGUAAUAGCAUGCUCUCCCUGCGCCUCCCAUCCAACACUCCGAGAACGACCCAGGCCGCCCUCGAGCACCUCUGAGAAUGUCAGGGGAGGGCUUCCUCGGCGGACCCGGCGGCGCGGGCUUGGCCGCGGGCAGGGUCUUCCUACCAGGCGCGCCGAUCCCGUACGCGCGCUCUGGCUUCGUGCCUGAGUUCUUCCUGGCAGGUGGUCGGCACGAGGAUGAUCAUGUGACCUCUCUGAUUUUUGUGUUCUGUUGCACCAUGUACGGCUCUCUCAUCGCGGCGUGGCUCCUGUACCUGAAGCUGGUGCCCGUCAGGAAGGACAGUUGCCCCCUGCGCAUCGGGAUGGUGUGCGCGUCGUGGGCUUCCUGUUCAGUCGGCAUGGUCGUACUCAACGUGGAGCUGUCCAGGACGCUCGAGGCGCCUGCCCUGAUCGCCAUGGCGCAGAUGGUCCUGGGCUUCGGCGCCAUGGCGGCGAUCUGGGGCAGGGAGCUGCUGGCGGCCAGCCGCAGGCAGCUGGCAUACUGGACUGUGGUGUCCCUGUUUUUCGCAGGGAUGCUCUGCUCAUCGAUGUACACGAUGCAGCACAUCUCCAUGUCGCUCUUCACGGUCAUCCGGAACCUGAUGCCUUUGGUCGCGCUUCCUCUGGAAGCAGCAGUGAUGCCCGUGAAGAAGAGGCCCAGGAUCGACGAGUGGAUCGUGAUCUCCUUGCUGGUGACGCUGGCCGGAGCAGUUCUGUAUGCGCAGGGUGUCCGAGACGUGUCGAUCCUUGGCAUCUCAUGCGCAUGUUUGAACAUGUUCAUCACCGUUGGUGACAAGGUACUGCAGCGGCGGCUGCUGACACAGGAGUGCAAGGACCUGCGCGCGGUCGUCUGCACGAUGGUGGUCAACCUUUUAGGCAUGCUGCCCUGUUGUGCACUUGCCCUUGCCACCGGUCAGGUCCGUGAGCUGCCCAAGCACAAGAGCGAUUGGACGGACCCGAGAGUGGUCACGUUGCUCUGCUUCUCCGGGGUCAUCGGCAUCGGGAUUGGAGCUCUGAGUUUCGAGGUGCAGCGGCAUCUCAGCGUCACGUCGUUCAUGAUCUUGCACAACUUUCCCGAAAUCGCGGUCAUCUUCAUCAGCGUGGUGAUAUUCGGAGACACCAUGGGGUCCUGGGUGUCCUGCUCGGGCCUCCUCGUCAGCCUGUUGGGCGGCUUCAUGUAUAGCCGCUUGCAGAUGAGGCCAGACGCCGAAGAAGAGCCCCUCGUUGACGAGAGAAGAUCGGAUGCUAAGGCCCAGAAGGCGUGCGUGGCCUGACACUGCGCAGUUGUCUUGACGCGCAGAAUCAAGGCCCUGAACACGUAAAGAUCAAGCACAUGGCCCCUUUACAAUCAAGAUGUUGAGCGUUGACAUCAGGAUCAUUUUCGGCUCAGAAGGGGCUCUGGCUUCUGAGCCGUUCCUCAGAUCUAUAUCUGAAACAUUUUCGUGGCCUAGGCUCGCCGGGGCCAGAGAAGCCCCUUGGCUGUUCAUUCCGUGUUCCGUAUGGCAGCACGUCGGCCGUCACUCUGCUGCAGCGGAAUGACGGCGGAACCCCUUGCAGGGAAGGGCUCCUAGGCUAGGUCCUAGGGGCGGCGGGGCGCCAGGCUGCUGGUGCAGUGCGCUGUGUCCUCGGGACUCGGGGCUCGCACCACAACGACCGUAUGACACGCAGGCCCGCGAGGCACCCGAGCUCUGAACAUCG